AUGCAACAGUUUUUGUCAUUGGGACUGAUGAUAGUACCCACCCUGGUUUUGGGAGAAUCUUCAGCUCUUCAUCAGAGACAGCUGAUUGUGAAUGGGCAUGUGGCUCCUUUUGGUCGCUACCCGUACUUUAGCACUCUGGAACAUUACUGUGGAGGCAGUCUCAUUGCCCCUGAUGUCAUUUUGACGGCAGGCCAUUGCAUGCCCAAACACAAGUACGACGUGCAGCCACAUGUGGGUCGCUACACCUUCCAUCAUCACAAUAAUGAUACUUCCAUGGUUGUGGACAUUCGUGCCAUGGACCGUCAUGAGAACUGGGAAGCUGUGGGAGAAGAUGAAAUGCGAUGGGAUUAUUCGCUCCUGUAUUUGAAGGAAUCCAUACUGGAUGUUCCCUACCUGCAGCUCAAUCGCAAUCCCAAUCUGCCCUGGCCAAAGCAACCACUCGUCGCCAUGGGCGUGGGAUGGACUGAUCCCAGUGAUUGGAACCAGGAUCACAAGGCCAAUACGCUUCGAGAGGUGGAAUUGAACUAUCUGCCCAAUGAGCAGUGCCAGUGGGCCAAUAACAGCCACAGUGUGGAGGAGGAUGAUGAUGACAAUGACGACGAAGUGACUAGCUAUCAGGGGCGUCUCCAUCGCGAUCACUUGUGCACCACUGGUGGACCCAACAAUGAAAGAGAUGCAUGUGCUUAUGACAGUGGAAGUCCCAUUAUCAUCCAGGGUGAUUCGCCGGAACAAGAUGUGCUAGUGGCGUUGGUGUCUUGGGGAGAAGGAUGUGCUGAUCCGGACUUUCCCGCUGUCAAUGCACGCAUCACUGCCGCUCUGAACUUUAUUGACCAAUCGGUCUGUCAACAUUCCGCCAAUCCUCCGCCCGAGUUUGGAUGCAACAACAGCAGCAGCAGCACUGAGGAACCCACUCCACUAACCCCACCAACACAACACGGACAUAGUCUGGGCAGAGCUGUGAUUGUUUUGUUCCUGGCAGCAGCAUUGUAUUGGCUUGGCCAAAGGAUCAGAUCCAAGUGCCAAGACUCCAACAGCGUUUCUUGGAGACCCGCAAACAAAGACCAUACGGAUCCAGAAUAUACAGGAGAAACGGAAUAUCUCUAUCAUUCGUCACCUACAUCGUCCUCUGGAUCCAAGGAGAGUCGGUCCUCCUAUAAUGCCAUUGAGUUCUUGACAGUAUAA